AUGAGCAAGAGGGCUUAUUUAUGCGGACCUGAGAGUGGUACGUAUACCCUUUCUUUCCUAAAAAUGUAUGAUAGACAAAGGUUCUAGCAAUUCUAAUGACUGGGCUAUUGUGAAGCCACGAAAACGACGAAGUCGCUGGUCGACAUUGGAAACCGACAAGACAUAUGUUCCCGGAAUGCCUACUCAAUUGCCACCUAAUCUGACUCCCCAACAGGAGAAGAUGUAUAUACGUAAUACAUUAUUAUUUUUUAUGUGUCGGUGUAGUUCAGCUUCAGAUCGAGGAUAUAUCCCGCCGACUGAAGUCCGGUGAUUUAGGCAUCCCUCAAAACCCAGACGAUCGGUAUGCUUCUCCCUUUUGCGUUUAAAUGAUUAUUAGUGCUUACUCUUUGCCCUUAAUGCUUACUAGGUUUCGAAUUUAGGUUGUAAAAGUAGUCGGGAAAUUAAGACGGUUCGUCAGCCAUUAUGUUCUUAAAACCUCACUUAAUCCUAUUUUAGUACAUUGAACAGUUAAAGACGAUGGGCUGGUAGAUUGCUCCCAUGAGGAGGCUAAGGUACGGAACGCCCAAAAGUUGCACGCCAUUUGUUCUAAGAGCAGUUAUUUGCAUUGUUUCAUUUCCUUAAGGUCCCCUUCGCCAGAGCCCAUAUACAGCGGUGACGGGAAGCGCUUAAACACUCGUGAAUAUCGCGUUCGCAAGCAGCUGGAAGAAGACCGCCACAGUUACAUUCAAAUGAUGAUGGAGCUGAAUCCAGAUUAUAAGCCCCCGACAGACUACAAGUAAAAUUUGAGUUGAUUAUGCUUACCCUACACAGACCUCUCGCAAACAAAAUAACGGACAAGAUUUUCAUACCCCAGGAAGAUCAUCCCCACAUUAAUUUCGUUGGCCUUCUUAUCGGACCCAGAGGGAACACGCUUAAAGCCUUGGAGAGAGAGGUUAGUACUGCGUCUUUUUUGUCAUGCAUAUUGUUCUGUGUAUAAAGCACGUCAGUCUGGUCUUGGACCAACUCGCCGUUGUAUUAGAGAUUUCAAGUGCCCAACGUAGGUACAGCCGGUGGGUUACCGUACCAAACCAAGGACUGUGGAUUUGUUUAUCUAUAGCCAUAAUUAUUUGAGAUUGCCCAUCGUCGCACCGAAAUGACAGGGGUUUGUGUGCCACCCAUACAAUUACUAUUGAUCAACUGACCUGUCUACAUCAAUUUGUCGCGCACGUUCAGUGACUGCAAGCGCUCUGUAGGCUUACCAAAGCUCUGAUUUAGCCAUUCAAAAAGCGUGAACAGUGGCGACCCGUCCGAUUGUCGCCGCUUAUCUGCGACCGCAGCUCACGCUCCUAUGUACAGAUGUCGCUACUCCACUUUGUUUGCCGAGUUAUUCGCAGAUGUGCGCUUCUCGCCCCAAGCUUCGAAUGGGUUUCGUUGAAAUUCCCACUUGUACUUGGCUAUGCUCAUUUUAAGCCCUUCGACUUGUUAUACACCGCCUACACUACGAAUGGUCGUCUUCCAUCGCAGUCGAUUAGCAGCUGACCCCCUGACGAAAACGAGGAAGUUGGCACCCUGUCUGUGUAGACCAUAUACUUCGGUUUCAUGGCCUUGUUAGGCGUCUUGUUGACAGUGUGCUUUUGCAUCGUCCGUCGGUCACAUCACCAUCGGCAAGAGACUAGGACAAGAUAACAUCGCAAAGGACCCCGCCCUCAGUUCGACGCACCUCGUAACUUAGCAACUCAUGUCGGAAAAUUACAACGCUGCGGUUAAUCCGUCCUGAUUGUGUUCAUACCCAGCGCCAAAGGUGUUCCCCUUUCCGCCCUAGAAGUUCUCGUUCCAUUGUCCCAGUCGCUGAGUGAUCGGGCCAGAAUUUCACUUAUGCGCCGAUGGUCGGCAGCAGCGGGGACGCACUCACUACGCCUCUAGCCAUGCUAAUGCUGCUGCGGUGUACGCCCAAGCUACGGGUGCUUAUGACAGGUUGGGGACCUGCCCUAGUGACGGCGCAACCAUUGAUAACUCGAGUCGAUGGCACACUGGUCUAACUCAUCUUUCGAGCACAAUGCGGUGUCAGGCGUCGCGUUCGUUAUUGCCGCUCUGCGCCUGGUGUGACCGGGUCCCAGAAAUCGGUGUAGCUUGGCCUUCGUAGGUGAUGGGAUACCUUUGGUGUCUAAAUACUGUCUUGUGAUAUUUGCGCAAUAACCGAUACGCCAGACAAACUAGGCCAUUCCUAAGGAUGGAACCAUCGCAUGGACGGUUGGCAUGGGCGUCGGUUUGUCCAGUGAAGAGGAAGAUAGGCCUACUAAGAGUUUAUUUCAGGUCCUGCGGCUCACGCGACUGGCUCGUUAGUGAACUGCUUCGCUUGGGUGUCUGGGGUCCGCAACAAACCGAAAAUGCCAUGAGUAUUCAGCAGGAAACCGGUUGAGUUUGUUAUGAUGUCCCUCAACCAACAGAAUUCGUCCAGGCUGCCGCCAUAAUCUGUGGUGUACCUAUCGAAAAAGACGCAUGAUUUGUACCAGAUCUUCAAGAGAAUGCAACCCUCCUUUCCGAAAGUUAACGUGUAGGUGUAUUGUCGAAAUCCUAUUCCAUCAUCAGAUAAAACAAUUUUUUCAAAGCCACUAUCCUACAAAAUUUUGUACUUUAUCCCGUUGACUCUGCACUUGCCUCCAUUAAGUACUGUAAGUUUUCGACUCCGUAAUACAGAAUUGUGUAAGUUAUACGUCGGACUCGACAUCUCUUGUAUUGUUAAUAAUUCCGAAACUCCCCGUCAGCAAUUUUUUUAACAUUAACCGUUUCUGUUUUAGACUGGGGCAAAAAUUAUAAUUCGUGGUAAGGGCUCCGUCAAAGACGGCAAAUUAGGCCGUCGCGAUGGCCUUCCCAUGCCCGGUGAGGACGAACCUCUUCAUGCCUUUAUCUCUGCGGCAAAUGUUGAGGCUUGCCAAAAAGCCGUUAAAAAGAUUACUGAAAUUAUACGCCAAGGGAUUGAGGUUCCGGAAGCCCAAAACGACCUUCGUAAGGCACAGUUACGAGAGCUUGCCUUAUUGAACGGAACCCUACGUGAACACGAGGGGCUGGCUAAGUUGCGUGCGCUCGCUGAGGCCCAAAACAUAGCAACGAAUAAGAUUCAAUGCACGCUCUGUGGAGGUAAGUCUCGCUGUCUUUGCCCCUUCUCUUGAAAUUGGUAUGCGUUCUUAUACAUAUUUGCUGCUUUUCUAGGCUUCGGCCACCUCGCCUCUGAUUGCAAACUUAGGGAUCCAUCAGUUACUUUGGAAUCUCUCGGCAUCAAUCCUAUGGAACGAGCAAAGAUGGACAGUGAGUACUCCGCACUAAUGGCAGAGUUGGGAGUCGGCCUCGGAGGUGGUUCAAAUUCGACCGCAGCCGCCAACAUGGGUAAGUCGUAUCGGCAAAAACUUGUGUCGGUCUAGACUCGAGUCUAAAAAUUUUCAGUCAUCACAACUAUGCAUUUUUAUCUUGUGAAGUUGUGAACCAAGGCGGGAAGGUUCAGUUGGGACCGAUUGGAAAGGCACAACCUGCAAAGCAGCCCCCGCCCCCAGGCGUCCCUCCCCCAGAAGAAGAGGAAGAGGAAACAGCGACUUCGUCGGCGCCUUUAACACUAUCAACAACUACAGCAUCAGUUAAGCAAGGUGAUGCAUUUACUGUACCAUUGCCGCCACCGCCGGUGCCACCCGUACCAUGGUCUAUGGGCUACGUCCCACCGGCCAGCGCAUACCCGCCAGCCGUUCCGCCCGUUGGCCCACCAGGCGCCUUUCCAGGUGCUCCUCCAUUCCCAGGCAGUGCGCCUUGGCCGGCUGCCGCCCCGUCACCCGGCGGUUGGUUUGCACCUCCGGCCGCCGCUUGGCCACCAACUGUACAACGUAUGUCCUCAUCAUCUUUAUUAAUCCCCUUUGCUGGAAAUGAUUACGAACUUGAUUAUUGGCCACACCCUCAAGCAUCCUCAACGAAGGCUGUCUGAGAACCAAAGAGUUAAUAAUUGCCGUGUAAAAAUCCCCCAGAAAGCCAGUUAUGACACGAUCUGGGUGACGGGUAAAUUCAUACACUUCUAUAGAUGGACCAUCGUGCCUGACCGGGCCGAGUCCAUUCAUGUUUCCAGAAAUGGGCUGGAGCUGGUCUCCGGCCUCCGCCGAAGCGCUAGUCGGUAUUCUUUGUGACGUGUGACUGCUCUUAGCGUCCGCCAUUUGGCCGCUAAAUAUGGAAUUUUUCGCAUAAUUAGUCAAAGGCACCAUACGGAACCGUCUAUUGAUCAUCACGUCCACAACAUGCGGUUUUCACCCUAAAAUUUACAAUUUAAUGCAUAUUUGCACAUGUAACGUAAAAGGCACUCAUUCUGAGUUUGCACACUUAGGCGUGCUGAAAAUAACGCUUUCUCCUUAUUCUCUCACUACAGACGGUCCUCCAGGUCCCCCGUACGGUGGAACCAACGAUUACUGGGGUACGACUGCUGCACCCAACGGCUAUCUGCAUCCUCCACCCCCACCUCCCCCAGGCUUGUGA